UCGAAGAGACAUCAGAGCAGAGUGAAGCUGAGGACAGCAGGAAUCAGCAGAGAGCAAAGAUGCAGCGGAGUCUGUUUCUGCUCCUUCUGAUGGGUCAGUGUUCUUUCUUCAUGUGUCACCUCUAUGAGUACCACUUCAUUAGCGAGAGCAAGACCUGGGAAGAAGCCCGGGAUUAUUGCAGAGAGACGCACACUGACCUGGCCACAGUGUAUGACAUGACGAAUGUUAAGAGUCUCAGGCUCAUAUUCCCUAGACGGAGACAAGAGGGGGCCUGGAUUGGGCUGCGGAGCGACCCGGAAAAAGAAAACAGGAAGUGGCACUGGUCUCUGCCAGGGGUGGAGUUCAGUUCCACGGAGAACGACUGGCAUGACAACCAACCAAACAAUCAAAAUGAUGCUCAGAACUGCAUGCAAAUCAUCAAUCACAAAUGGAAAAAUGUCAAUUGUGCUCAGAAAGCCAAGUUUGUCUGCUGCAACGGAUCACAUUUCCGUGUAGUUGACGACUCAAUGACGUGGCCAGAGGCUCAGAGCUACUGCAGAGAUCAGCUCACUGACCCGGUCAGUGGACUCACUCAGUUGAAAAAGGACGAACGCUUGUUGAUCGGCCUGUUCAGAGACACCUGGAGGUGGUCGGACAACAGCAGCUCCUCUUUCAGAAACUGGGAUCCGAAUUGUUUUGAUGAUGAUAAACAGCAGAAGUGUGCUGUGUCAAACGGAUCUGGAAAAUGGAGCUCUGAUGAUUGUCGUAAAAAAAAACCCUUCUUCUGCUACAACGAUAAAAUAGUCCUGAUCAAAGAGAGCAAGACCUGGGAGGAGGCCUUGAAACACUGCAAGCGCUACCAAUAUGACCUGGUCUCCAUCACUAACCCUGACCAGCAGAGACUGGUCCAAGUGAGAGCCGAGAAGGCAGAGACUGAUUACGUCUGGAUGGGACUGCGCUACACCUGCGUUUUGGAUUUGUGGUUCUGGGACAGCGACAACCUGGUCUGCUAUGAGAACUGGGCCUCAGGGGGAAAGAGCGAUAGGUGCGAUGAGUCCGGAGCCAUGGACAAAAAGGGGCCACAUGAGUGGUUCGGUCGAAGUAAAGAUGAGGAGUUGAAUUUUAUCUGUGCGCUGAGAAAAAGUGGCUAAACUGAAGUCUGCCUCCUUUGCCUGAUUCAGGACCAUCUGAAAGCCUCUUCAUUCCUGCAGGAUGACCAAUAACGGCCAUCAUUCGUUGUUGUUGCAGCUUUUAUGUUUUAUAUACUACUUUUAUUAAUCCUAUCGUAGGUUUAUGAGAGAAUAAGUACAACAAAAAUCUACACCGUUUUUCCUCUUAAACUCACAACAUAUUCUUUUUGAUUAACCUGGUGAUUUACUGUAAUAUGUAAAAUCGUAUUUUGGGUCAUGAUUACAAUUUUGGAGUUUUACAUAAACUGUAAUUU